AUGUCGAACCAGCCGCGCACUUCUGUACGACCAGCGGGUUCUCAAACUUCAGCCCCCAACGCUCAGAGUGGCUCGCAGACCAUCACAUCUACCACUGCUGGCCCUAGUGUUCCCUUCGGUACGCUUCGCCUUCGCGCGCAGCCCGAAGAGCGGCCCCGAGUGCAAUGGGCAGAGGAUGUAGUCGACAACGAGGGCAUGGGCAAGAAGAGCUCCAAAGUGUGCUGUAUCUAUCACAAGCCGCACGAGCCUGGCGACAGCGAAUCAGAUUCCGACUCGAGCAGCUCCAGCGAUGGCGACAGUGACUCUGAGCCUGACUUGAGUCGAGCGCGGAGAGCCGGUGGGAGCGGCAAAGGCAAAGGUCGCGGACGAAAGCAUCAGCAUGAGCACGAGGGUGAUGGCAAGGGCAAGGGAAAGGAGAGGAAGGCCAGCCCGAACGCCUACGAGCGGCAGCCGAAGAACAAGAGUAAAUCAGGUGGAUGA